AUGCUGUUCAUCCCUGUUUUGAAAAGACAUGACAUCUACGGCUCACAAGUUGAAACCAAUCACUUUGUAGAAAAGACAUCACCAAUUGUUGCAUCAAAUGCUUUUCUGCACAGAUACCUUAAAAAGCCACUCCGCCACCACUUUCAACGUACUUCCCAAAACUAUGGUCAAAUCUUUUCUCUUUGGUUUGGCUCUCGUUUGGUGGUGGUCGUUUCUUCGCCCUCUGCAGUUCAAGAAUGCUUCACGAGAAAUGACAUCGUUCUGGCCAACCGCCCCCAGUUCCGGCCCGGAAAGCACAUCUACUACAACUACACCACCGUCUCUUCCGCCCCAUACGGCGUACACUGGCCCAACCUCCGUCGCAUCCUGGUGCUUGACAUCCUCUCGACGCGUCGUCUCAAUUACUUCAUGGAAAUGCGAAGGGACGAGAUGAAGCUACUGGUACAAAAGCUUGCUCAUGAUUCUCGUAAGGGUUUCACGAAGGUGGAGCUAAGAUCUAGGUUUUCUGAGCUGACAUUUAACACAAUGAUGAGAAUGAUAUCUGGGAAGAGAUACUGGGGAGAUGAUAGCAAAGUUGAGGACGUGGAAGAAGCAAGGAAGUUUAGAGAGACGAUGAAGGAGUUGUUGAUGCUAGGAGGGGCAAAUAAUCCCAGAGAUUUCUUGCCGACACUUAGAUGGUUUGAUCUGGAUAACUUGGAGAAGAAGCUCAAGGGUAUUAGCCUCAGAUUCAAUAGAUUUUUGCAGAGAAUAGUUGAUGAGCACAGAAGUGGAAAUACUCUGAUAAAUCACCUCUUGACUCUGCAGAAAUCAGAACCAGAGUAUUAUACAGAUCAAAUAAUCAAAGGUCUUGUUUUGUUUACUGAAUCAUCGAGAGAUAUUAACAAAGGCAAGGCAAGAAAUAGAGUCACAAUAGGGCAAGAACACUUGAUAGAUGAACAAGAGGCUUUGAAACUGCCAUAUCUUCAAAGCAUUGUAUGUGAGACAUUUCGAUUGCAUCCUGCAGGCCCAUUAUUGUUACCCCAUAUGUCCUCAGAUAAGUGCACCAUGGGAGAUUAUAACAUCCCACCUGAUACUAUUGUGCUGAUUAAUGCUUGGGCCAUUCAUAGAGAUCCUCAAUUAUGGAGUGAUCCUUUAUGUUUCAGAAAGAAAGAGGGGGAAGCAAAUAAGUUGAUGCAUUUUGGAUUAGGAAGACGAGCUUGUCAAGGUUCAGGCUUGGCACAACGCUCAAUGAGCUGGGCUUUAGGCUUACUGAUUCAAUGCUUUGAAUGGAAACAAGUAAGUGAGGAAGAAAUUGAUAUGACAGAAGGAGAAGGAUUGAUUUUGUCAAAAGUUGUUCCUUUAGAAGCUAUGUGUAAAGCACGCCAAGAGAUCGUUGAUAAGUCUCUUAUAUAG